AUGGUGCUAAAUCAGAUUUUCUACCGUGUUGCAUUUAUUGUAACAGCCUUUGUCCAUCUCUACUUCAAUGAUCUGAUCAAGGCGACCAUCGUGGUUGCGGCAAUGUGUCUGUCAGACUCAAAGCGUCCUGUUCUACAGAGCAUUUUACGCUUGCAUUCAGUGGUGCUUGUUUGCUUCAUGCUGGCAUUCUGCUUUAGUGUAGUCUCGGCGCACCCCGAUCAAACAAUUUUGAACGGCCGUGAUGUGUUGAUGUGGUUUGACGAUGUCGAAACACCUCACGGAUUUGGACAGCUAGCGGCUGGAUAUCAUGGCUUCACAUUCAACUAUUUAUAUGCCUUUAAGCCGACACACCAGGAUCUGGAAGGCACCAUCUCGGGGGAUGACUUGAACUGCGCCAUCUCCAAGCCGAAUGCGCUCUAUGGCUCAAAGGUCGCAGCGGAGACCCCGUCCAUCCAUGCACACGAUCCGUCACGUACAUUCACGGUACACUCACUGAAGAUUAAACCACUGGAUUUCCCUGUUGGUUUCGUUACCAUAAAUCUCCGCGGCUUCCUCCUCGAAAAUUUGUCGAGUCCGUUAGAAUGGACCGUCGACUAUCCCGCCGGCUUCCACGAUACUCUCCACGUCCGACUGGAAGAGUUCAGCAAGACGCGGUGGAAAGGCCUCACGAGGCUUGAAGUGGAGGCGGAUUUCCAUUACAACAACGUGGAAAUGGACGACUGGGAAUUCUGCAUCGAUGACCUCGAAAUCGAGAUUGAGUAA